CGCGCGCUGCCGACUGUCUGCGCUGUUGACUGCUGGCGGCCCCGCGGUCAGUAGUGGUUCAGACAUGGCCGCCCUCAGCAAACUACCGCACAACUGCUACGAGAUCGGUCACACCUGGGACCCGUCGUGUGUGCAAGCCGCCGUCGAUAUAGCCAGGGGCGCUCUGGAGGUCUCCUUCAAAGUAUACGCCCCGCUUUACCUGAUAGCAGCUGUCCUGAGGAGAAGGAAGAAGGAUUACUAUCUGAAGAGGCUUCUCCCCGAGAUCUUGUGGUCCACCUCUUUCCUCACUGCCAAUGGAAGUCUCUACAUCGUGUUCUUUUGCAUUCUCAGGAAGCUGUUGGGAGAGUUCCACUCCUGGUCUGCUGGGUUUGGCUCGGCACUGCCCGCCUCCUAUAUCGCCAUCCUCCUGGAGCGCAAGAGCAGGAGAGGGCUGCUGACAAUAUACAUGACAAAUCUUGCCACUGAGACGUUGUUCCGCAUGGCCGUGACACGAGGCAUCGUCAAACCCAUCAGACAUGGCGAGGUGCUGUUGUUCUGCAUAACUGCAUCACUCUACAUGUUCUUCUUCAGGAAUAAAGAUGGUCUCAAAGGCUUUUCAUUCUCCGCAUUGAAGUUCAUCAUAGGAAAAGAAGAGAUUCCAACGCACUCUGUCGCCGGCGAGCAGAUCUGCUCCAGGUCCCUUGAGAGGGCCGCUGCUGUUGGGCCCGAGGCCUCACAAGCGGCAGGAGACAGGCCGUCCUCCCGCAGCAAAACUCUGGUAGACCAAAUCAGGGCUCUGCUUCAAUCGAUAUGCAAAAAGGGUCCAAGACACAGAUGUUGUAAACAUUACCAAGACAACUGCAUAUCUUACUGUGUGAAAGGUUUUGUCAGGAUGUUCAGUAUUGGCUACCUGAUUCAGUGUUGUCUUAAAGUGCCUUCAGCAUUCAGGCACAUGCUGACUAAACCCUCUCGACUCCCAGCCCUCUUCUACAACAAGGAGAACUUCCAGCUAGGGGCCUUUCUAGGAUCUUUCGUCAGUAUCUAUAAGGGAACAAGCUGCUUGCUGCGCUGGCUGCGGAACAUUGAUGAUGAACUCCACGCACUGAUUGCUGGCUUCCUGGCUGGUAUGUCGAUGUUCUUCUACAAAAGCACUUCAAUAUCCAUGUAUCUGUUCUCCAAGCUGGUGGAGACCAUGUACUUCAAGGGCAUUGAGGCCGGACGCUUCCCGUACUUUCCCCAUGCAGACACAGUCCUUUAUGCCAUCUCCACUGCCAUCUGUUUCCAGGCUGCUGUGAUGGAAGUGCAGAACCUCAGGCCGACCUACUGGAAGUUCCUGCUGCGUUUAACAAAGGGCAGAUUUGCUCUGAUGAACCGACAGCUGCUAGAUGUGUUCGGGACUCAAGCCUCGCGGGACUUUAAAGGCUUUGUUCCCAAACUGGACCCUCGAUACACCACGGUGCUUCCACCAGGAGGCGACUUCCAGCUCGGUUGAGUUAGGACCAGGCCGUGGGGGAGGUGUAAGGGGGGAGGGGGGUGUACUUCAUCAGGAAACGGAAAGGUUGUGUGUUAUACAACCUUCCGAAAGUUGAAGAAGGGAUGUGGCGUUGUGAACUGUGAGGAGGAUGUUGAGCCUAAACAGGGCUUUGUGAGUUUCAAUUGUGGUGCCACACAAGCACAAUACCUGACUAGGCUUUAAUUAAACUAGUAAAAAUAGUAUUUAAUCCUAAAUAGUACUAUUAAAAGUUACUAUUAUGAUAUGAAGUCCUAAUAAAACACAGAACAAAAUAUAGGCUGAUGCUAAAUAUUUGUGUUUUGUCAAAUUUCCAGUUGCUUUUGUCAGUGUGACAUUACCUGUUUAAGAUGUGGAUGGUCGAAGUAAGGUGUAGAACCUUAUGGUUUGGAGGGUUGCUCUGACAAGGAGAGCAAAACUCACUAACCUUUUUGAAUCCUCUGAUUUAAUAAGAGAGAGAAUUUUGGCUCAUCCACUCAAUCAUUUCAAUUUUUGCUAGUGAUGAUAUGUGUAAUUAUUCUAUUGUUUGCAAUUAAAGAUGAAUUUAGAUGGAGAUCUAUGAUGUGAAACACAGGCUUAGAAAGUCAACAAUUUUAAGAAGUUACUUAUUGUUUUUGUCUUUGUUCUUUUCAAAUGCAAGUUUUACCAAAUCUCUUGCUCGAGAGCUUUGAUCAUAAUGAUGUAAACUUUGUAAAUUACACUCAUUGCAUAUAUAUAAAGGUUUAUAAAAUGAAAUAACAAACAUAGUCAUAAAUUAAGCUGCAUGGUCCUUGUUUUCUCAACUUGUAUACAUUUGUAAUUUUUCUACGGGUCUCCUUUUUUUUUGCAAACAUAUUUUGGACAAAAUUCUUUUUUAUUUAGUCUGACUUCAUUCAUCAUUUUGUAACAUGUGUUCAGCUAGAAGAAACGAUCUUGCCCGGCUGUCACAGGGAGGCUUCCCCACCCCUUUCAUCUGGGUGCAUGAUUGUAAUCAAGUUAGUGUCUUUUCCUCCUUUGGUUUUUAGUAAAAUAUAAUGCAGAAACCAUUUCAAUAUUGCCUUUGAUAGAAACUCAUUUUUGAGGAAUUGGUGGCCACAUUGACGCUUUUGACUGGAAGCAAUAAAGGAAACCUCUGUGCACACAAAGCGCACACACACACACACACAAAGCACACUGCUCAAUACGCUUCUCUUUUUGAGAAUGGGUAUCCGCCUCAAAAAGAUAUUUAAUCUUCUUUGAACGGGACGCAUUACUCCUGUUACUAGAUGAUGAAUGGUCGCAGUGGUUCUGCACUUAAUGAAUCCCUGGAAGCAGUAGGUGCUUCAUGUGAAACUGUUGAGCUAUUUGCUGCAAAUUCAACCAUGGCAUUGCACACGGCUCAUCUUGACCUAUUCAAUUCACAAAUGUGAAACUAUUUAAUUUUAACUCUAAAAUGUUUGCUUUUUUUUGCACAGCUCACAUGCCUGAUAAUAUAUUCAAACUGUCAGUUUGUGAACUUCUUAUCUUGCAUCGUAUUUCUCAAACCAACUCCGCUUUAGACACACCAGACGUCCUUAACAGAAGCUAUGGUCAGACUAAAGUGGAGUUGUUUAGAACACAGUCACAUGUUAACUAAAACUAUCGCUGUUAUUUUAGAAAUUGUGAUUCAUGCAAAAAGAGUGUAUAUUAAAAUAUUUUUUAAUCCAA